AUGAUUUAUAUAGUAAGCAUUUGGACUAAAUAAAAAAAGAAGCAGAAGGAGAUCAUCCAUUAAUUGGAAAAAAAGAAAGCAUAAAUAUAUUAAAAACUGAAUUUGAAAAUAACUAAGCAUUUAUUAAUAAAAUAUAAAAAAUAUUUAUUUAUAAAGACUUUGGACACUAAAUACCCUUAAAUAAGAAGAGUAAGAAGGGAUGGAAGUUGCUUUUACAGAUCAUAUUUAUUUUAAAUAUUUGAGCACAUUGUUUUGAAUAAAGAUAAAAAUCUUCAUUAAAAAAUAUAAAAUAUAAUUAAAUAAUCAAAAGAUGAUUUAAUAAAAGCUUAGUAUUAAGAAUUUGUCCUCGAAGAUUUUUAUGAUAAUAUAAUGGAAUAAUUGGCAAAUAUAAUAAACUAUGAUUUCAGUAUAGAUAAUUUAUAAAAUAUGUUUAACGAUAAAUCAAUUUCAGAUUAUUUAGUCAUGUACUUGCGCUUUAUGACUUCUGGUUAUUUAAAAAAUAACGCUAUUUUAUACGAAAACUUUAUUGAAAAUGGAGUGAGUAUCCAUUAAUUUUGUUAAACUGAAGUAGAUCCUUUAGAUAAAGAGGCUGAUUAAAUACCUAUGAUGGCUUUAAUUAAUUAUCUUUGUGUACCUAUAAAAAUAAUUUAUCUUAAUUCUAACCCUAACAAUACAGAACCAAAUAUGAUUAUUUUACCUGAAGGUAUAGAUGAGAAAGAUGUUUUUGUUACUCUUUUAUAUAGACCAGGUCAUUAUGAUAUUGCUUAUACAAAUUGA